AUGUCUGGCGUGAGCCCAGAGCCCGUCGGCAUGGAGGCCAUGGACUCCGAAACGGCCAUGAUAAAUCCAGCAGCCGGACAAGGCAAGAAACCAACGGAGAAGCGCCUUUCCGUGAUAAAACACCUGAGUCCAAGAGCAAUAAUACAAGUCUUCCUCACCGUGCUGGCGCUCGGUACUUCUAACUGUCGGUUGAUAGUUUUGCAGUUUUGGGAUUUGGAAAAUGCAAAAUAAGAAGGCGUUGCUGUGCUCUCGUAUGUGUAUGUAUCGGGAGAAUUCCAUUUUUCCUGUGAUCACAAGUGAUAUUGCAACAAAAAAACAUCACCAGGUUCCGCCGUCGUCGCAUUCGUCUUCAGUAUAAUAUUCCGGGACCAUUUAGUGGUCCAAUUAGAAGCGAAUUACACGGGCAUGACAAAAAAGCAAGACGACGGCACGUUCAUCCUACCCUGUAUACGGUCGACCUUGCAAGACAAGUGCAACAAUGAUAACAACGACAUGUGCUGGGACAGGUGUUGCCCGCCAGGUAUCAAAGUGGCUUAUUGAUGCUUUUUUCGCAUGAAUUGUCGCUGUAGUCCACCCGAGGGAUUUUUACUUUGGUCAUCCCAUGUUUGUAGUCAAAACUCACUCCGGCGAGGAUCUCGAUCUCCAUUCUCAACCACCAUAUCAACAAAGAACUCUAUCAGGCUACAUCUGCGAGAGGUCACCCGUCGUGGGCCUGUAUUGCCAAGACGGCGCCACAGUGUGCGGUGGCGGAGACACGAAAAAGGAGAUAUGAAAUGCAAAAAUGUCUGGGUCUGGAAGAAUGCAUGUUUGUCAUGCUUGUCUGGCAUGACUCUUAAAUCUGUCACGCCGUUACCCAAAAGCCCCACUUUUCUGUGAUGCAGGAACGCAGUUUGUCAUGCAGAAUAGGCAACACCUAGACGCUCAGAAACUUGUCAUGCGGAGCCAGCAUUUGUAGCCUCAUCAUGAGACCCCACCCAGCAUCACAAGUUUCCAGACCCAGACACUUUUACAUUUGAUAGGAGAACUGGUGCCGCGAUUUCGCCGAUAUACCAGGCACCUGCAAAUCAGAAGUGUGCCAGACAAAAAAGAUGGUAUUAGAGUUGAUUUUGUAGUUUUACACCUCUACUGCUUCCAUAACAGACCGCACCGGUGGAGGCGAAGCUGUGGUGCACAUUCUGCAGUUUAAAGCGUUCCUGCGAUGCAUGUCUACAACUUAAAUGUCGACAGUCGUUCCGUCCUCGACCACUCUCAGGUACACGACCUGACCCUGCCAGCGUUUUUCCUCGCGGGCAUAGGUGUCGUCGCGGACGUGGUUGACUGCGUGGUCUUUUUCGCGGUCCCCGACGCCGUCACCUGCAAGGCCGGGGUCAACCUCUUCUCCUCCUGCGUCAAGUGGUAUUUUGUUAUGUGUUUUUGCUGUUUGUGCAUAGUUUAUUUAAGUUGCUGCUCUGAUUGAGUUCUUAGCAUGACAAGUUUACGUGAUGUGCAAGCAUCAAACUAUCAACACAGGAUCGCCUUCGGCGUUAUCCUGGGAGCGGGCACGCAGGGGUUCAUGACGGACCUCUACGAUAACCAGUGCUUCAACAAGGAGGGGAUGACCAUGGUCCAAGAAACCGGUCAGUACUUGGUGUCGUUCGUGGUGUCGGAGGUAUUUUUGAGUUGAUUUUUUUGCAUCGGUUGUCGUUGUGGCAACUUGACCAUGACAAAUCAAUGCGGCUUUAUGCGUCGAGAAUCGGCCUCAUCGGUCGGCUCUUCUUUGUCUUUCGUAAAACAGAAAAAAUGUUUCUGAUAUCAAAAUUCAACUAUCAGGUGAUUUCCGCCCUGAUUUCCCUCAUCCUGGCACCAAUAUCAGCCUACUACGGUGGGAAGCUGAUCGGGGUCCCCUACGUGAAAUGA